AUGAAGUUCCAAUCCAUUAUUUUAGCUUUAACUGCUGGUUUGGCUUUCGUAAUUCAUGCUCAAGCUUGCACCCUUUUUCUCAACGGUACAAAUAUGCAUCAAACUGGUAACACGGGAGGUGGCUGUUUUGGCUUGGAUCCAACCGACCCUAUAAAUAAAGCCACGGUCAGUAAUCCCGGUACUAGCUACGUUUUUUACAGCGAUACCAACUGCAAUGGAACCGCGGUUGCUACAGGCAAAGAUACUACCGCUUAUAAUCCUCCUAUAACUGCCAGUUCAGUCAAUAUAACAUGUCCACCAGGAACAUAA